AUGCCGCGCCUGGAGACGCAGACGAAGCCCGGCGUCCCUUCGGUAGCUGGCUGCGGCGCGGCCGCCUCCCGCGGCCGACGUCGCCACCGAUCUCCUAGUCCCCCUCUCCAUCGCCACAACGAAGCUGAUGGCGCAGACCAUGGGCCGGCUCCGGACGACGGCCCGGGGCCGCUGGUCGGGCCACUGCCGCUGCCGCUGCCCCACGUCGAUGUCCAGGUCAAGUACGGCGGCGCGCUCCGGCCGGGGGAGGGCGACGCCAUGGCGCAGUUCGUGCAGCAGGGGAAGCGGAUCCCGCGGCGCGGCGAGGUGGGCCUGUCCGCCGAGGAGAUCCAGAGGUUCGAGGAGGCCGGGUACGUGAUGAGCGGGAGCAGGCACUCGAGGAUCACCGCCGUGCGCCUCCGGAAGGAGAACCAGGUGUACAGCGCCGAGGAGAAGCGCGCGCUCGCGACCUUCAACUACGAGCAGAGGGCGAUGCGGGAGAGCAAGGUCAGGGACGAUCUCAGGCGCCUCGUGGACAGGACGCUCGGCAAACUCGCCGAGACAGAGCAUGACCCGUUCGCCAUGCCUCCUUCACGUUAGGUAGCGAUCGAGUAGCAACAAUUUGAUUGACUUCAAUCAAUCAAAUUCAAAAAUAAUGACAGUUUGAUUGGCUUCGCUGCACAUCUUGCCCUCAAACGUAGUAUCUGUAAAGUCUGCAUUAUGUCAUCCAUACUUUCAGUGUCUGCAUAAAUCAUCGUCAGGUAUUGAGCAUCUUAACUGUCCCU